AUGGCACCCCUCUCCCUCCUCUCCCUAUCCCUCUCCCUCCUCACCCUCUUUACUCCCCUCUCCCACGCAUCCGCUAUCCGUCAAGGCGCAGCGAACCCGCCCAAAAUCCCCAGCGGCCCCAACGGAAGCGGAGAAAGCCAACCGCAGCCCUACGCGCCUCAGCCUGCCCUCCUCACCACCGAAUGGACGGCCUCCGUGGGCGCCGACCCGUCCAACCACUGGCCGCAGCACCCACGCCCGCAGCUGAAGCGAGACGACAAGUGGUGGCAGAGCCUGAACGGAAUUUGGCGUUACCAGAAUCUUCACUUUGCGUCAUCGGCGCGGAUGAAUGUGGAUAUUAGCACUCUUACCCCUGAUGUGGAAGUAGAAGGAGGUUACGACAAAGGAGGAGGAGGGAUGCCGACAGAAGAGAAAGAGACGCUGAUCCCCUCGUGCAUCGAGAGCGGAUUCAGUGGGAUCCAAGAGAUGAACGUGACCGGCAUGGUGUUCAAGCGGACGCUGGAGUUCCCAGAUAAUUGGAUGAAGGAGACGGGGAGAAGGGUGUUGAUACACUUUGAAGCAGUCGAUUACGAGGCGGUGGUUUACGUGAACGACAAAAAGCUGGGGCAUAAUGUGGGCGGGUAUUUCCGGUUUACGGUUGAUGCGACGAAUGCGUUGAAGAACGGGGAGAAGAACGAGUUACAGGUUGUUGUUCGGGACCCGACCGAUGAGCCGGGCUUCUACACGCCGCAUGGGAAGCAGACGAGGACGCCGUCGCAUAUAUUUUAUACCCCGUGCACGGGGAUUUGGCAGUCUGUUUGGAUGGAGAGUGUCCCAGGGGAUAACUAUAUUGGGGAUCUGGAUGUAUCGGCAGAUAUGGAAGGGAAUGUGACCAUGACGGUGUACUCCAGCAGCAAGGCCACGACUCCGGUGAAGGUUUCGAUCCUUGAAAACGGCACCGAAGUCGCCACCCACGAUGCCUCGUCAGACCAAGAGUUCUCAUUUCAGGUCCCUGAUCCCAAGCUUUGGUCGCCCAACUCCCCAACGCUAUACAACAUCAGCGUGACAAUGGGCGACGACCAAAUCACAAGUUACACCGGUUUCAGGACGAUCUCAAAGGGAGUGGUGAACGGGAUCCAGCGCCCGCUCCUGAACGGCAAGUUUGUCUUUCAGUUCGGGCCCCUGGAUCAAGGAUACUGGCCAGAUGGAAUCUACUUGCCUCCGACCGAGGAGGCCAUGCUAUACGAUCUUGAUCUGAUCAAAAGUCUGGGGAUGAAUAUGGUUCGGAAACAUAUCAAAGUUGAGCCCCAGCUCUACUACUACGCCUGCGACAAGAUUGGCCUCCUUGUUAUCCAAGACAUGCCCUCCAUGCGCCCAGCGGCUAGUCUGGCAACUGACUUUCCCACUCCCGCCCAACAAGCCGAGUUUGAGCGUCAGCUCAGCGUUAUGGUGAACCAGUUCAAGCACCACCCCAGUAUCAUCACUUGGGUAAUCUACAACGAGGGCUGGGGUCAAAUCCGCGAUAACGGCAACUACCCAGAAUUUCAUAUCACUGAUGCCAUCCGCGCGCUUGACCCGACAAGACUGAUCGAUUCGGUAACUGGCUGGUUCGACCAUGGAGCUGGGGAUUUCCACGACAACCACCAUUAUGCCAGCCCUGAGUGCGGUACACCCUGGUAUAGUAGUCCCAACACGCCUUAUGACCCCAACAGAAUCGGCUUCCAGGGUGAAUUCGGAGGAGUUGGACACGUUCCGGAUUUGAAAAAACUUGCCCCCGAACCCAGCCUCUGGCCCGACCCCAAAGCAAUAGCCACAAUUCCAGAGACAUAUGAGAUCAGUCCUGACCUAGAUUCGUACAACUACCGCACCCACGUACUGCUUGGCGAGUUGCGCGCCCAGGUGGAACGAUAUGCGUGUAGCGGCGCUGUGUAUACACAGACGACGGAUGUGGAAGGCGAGGUAAACGGCUUGGUAACGUAUGACCGCCGCGUGGUGAGGGUUAACGUUACGCAGUGGCAGAGUGAUAUACAAGCUUUGUACGACGCUGCCAAAAAGAGGGCAUCAUGA